AUGGACUCACCACCUUUAGCCUCACUAUCGCUAACCCACGUCCACUACGACCCCACUGAUCCCAUCUCCCACGCUUGCGCAUACCUAGCCCUCGUCCCCCAAGCCCUAGUGAUCACCUACGCGGCUCUAAUAUGGAGCACCCGCGAAGUGGAAAUCCUGCUCAUGUUCGCUGGCCAGAUGGGCUGUGAAGGUCUAAACUGGAUAUUGAAAAGAUACAUCAAAGAGGAUCGACCUACACAAAUGCACGGCAAAGGCUACGGCAUGCCCUCCUCUCAUGCCCAAUUUGUGGCAUAUUUCUCUGCUUUCCUCACUCUGUUCGUCUUAAUUCGACAUAAUCCUCAUCACGCGCAUGCGAGUAGUACGCACCUGCCGACCCCUUACUGGCAACGCCUAGCCCUGGCAUUACUUUCUAUGCUUGGGGCUGCGGCCGUGGCGCAGAGCAGGAUAUACCUCAUCUAUCACACGCCGAAGCAAGUCUAUGCUGGUGUUUUGGCAGGAGUGAUUUGUGCAGUGGGAUGGUUCGUGGUCACGAGUGCGGCGAGGCAUUGGGGUGUGGUGGACAUGUUGUUGGAGACGCCGUUGGCUAGAUGGUUACGACUCCGCGACCUUGUCGUGAACGAAGACCUGGUGGACGCUGGUUGGGAACGAUGGGAGCUGAGACGGAAACGCUUGGCCGAAACCCUCAAGGAGCAGAAGAAGUCGAGGUGA